GAACGUCGUCUCCACAUGUACGUGGUUUACUGCCAGAACAAGCCGAGGUCAGAGUUCAUCGUCAUCGAGUACGAGAACUUCUUUGAGGAGAUCCAGCAUGAGAUCAGCUGCAGGAUGUCGAUCAGUGAUUAUCUGAUCAAACCCAUCCAGAGAAUCACCAAGUACCAGCUGCUGCUGAAGGAUUUUCUCAAGUACACGUCCAAAGCAGGACUGGACUGCGAAGAGAUUGAGAAAGCGGUGGAGCUGAUGUCCAUGGUACCGAAACGCUGCAACGACAUGAUGAACCUGGGACGCCUGCAGGGAUACGAGGGGAAGUUGACGUCUCAGGGGAAGCUGCUGCAGCAGGAGACGUUCUGUGUUUGGGAGCAGGACGGAGGAGUUCUGUCUCGCAGUAAAGAGCGAAGAGUGUUCCUGUUUGAGCAGAUUGUCAUUUUCAGUGAACUGCUGCGUAAAGGCUCCAACAACCCGGGAUACCAGUUCAAGAACAGCAUCAAGGUGAGUUACCUGGCGAUGCAGGACAGCGUGGACGGGGAACCCUGUAAGUUCGUGUUGUGGUCUCGUGGCUCGGCGGAACGCUUCACGCUGCAGGCGUCCUCCACCAGCAUCAAGAUGACCUGGGUGGAGACCAUCGCCACCCUGCUGGACGCCCAGAACAACUUCCUGUCAGCUCUUCAGUCUCCCAUUGAGUACCAGAGGAAGGAGGGCGGGAUCUCUGUGACCCGCCCUCUAUCGUCAGGGCGACCUCCGUCAGCCCCGCCCACGCCCAACGGCCACGCCCCUCAGCCUCCUCCGGACAGCGAGCAGGACGACCAGGAGCUGGUGCUGGUGCUGCAGGACUUCGUGGCGGUGCGGGAGGACGAGAUCUCGGUGUUUCGUGGGGAGAAGGUUCAGAUCCUGGCGUCCAACCAGCAUGGUCAGAGUCUGGUCUACCGGCCGGCCAACAGUGACUCACCGGCCGCCGAGGGCUGGGUGCCGCGCAGCGUGCUCAACACACACUGACACACACACACACACACACACACACACACAGACAGCAGGGUUCGUUUACACACACACACACACACACACUGACAAUACUGCUCACUAACAGGGCCAAAGGCAUGCUGGGAAAUUACUUUAUGACUCUGUGGAGCCUUAAGAUGGUCAGUUACUCAAAAAAUUCAAUCUAUUACUCGUUACUCUUUUAAAAAGUAAUAUUACUUUACUUAUUAUUCCCAACAGUAAUUAGGAGAAAUACAUUUGUCACAGUUAAGAAGUUAAAACCAGAAAGUGUUUAUGCUUAAUCAAUAAUUAAAUCUUUCUAUUUACGUAGAUCAAUUGAACAAUUGAAAUGUGCUCUGCUGCCCCCUACAGGCAGGGAUAACACACACAGGUGUAAAGACAUCCUGCUAGUGUCCUCUAGAGGGAGCCCUUCUAAUCCACCAGACUCCAUUGAUAAAAACACUGAUUUUACCUCAGAACAGAGGAGUUUUUCUGCUCUACCGCUGCCUCACUCUGUGAGUCUGUUUGUGUGAUUGUGUGACUUUAAUGUUUUUGGAGAGAGCUGUCUGACAGCGAGGUGAAGUGGACAAAAUAUUCUAAACAUAGCGUAAACUGAUUUAUUAAAAUAGCUUACAUUAUGCUGCCACAGAAGAACUCACAAACUGUGAAUUUCUUGCAUUUUUCCUCCAUAUGAUCCACAACUUUUAAAUAAAGUUGUUUAUUGUUGUUGUCAUUGUCAUUCUCUAGUGAUAGUUUAUGCUGCAAAGUGCCAGAUAAUAGUGAAAAAUGCCCAUGGCAACUCCAAGUCUCACAAUUGUUUUUUGGACAAAUGAACACAGCAGAACUAAAAUAUAUUUAAUUUUAAUGACAUAAAAGAGAGAAACCGACUUUACUUUAGUGAGUGAGUGAGUUUCUUCUGAUUAAACUCAAUCAGAUAUCCAACUUUAUGUUUCUCUAUCCUUAACUGAUUGAUUACUGUGUGGCCCCUCAGAUUCAUGUUGUGACCCUUUAGAGGGCCCCCAACCGUCCUUUAGGCUCCACAUUCACAACUAAUGAGAGAUAAAGUUUCCUAACACACUUCAGGCCCUGAUUGAUGCCAGUAUCACACACACACACACACACACACACUCCAGCAGCAGGUACUGUUACUCUCCUCCCUCCUUCCUGGUGCUUCAACAUUCAGCCAAAACGCCGCACUCACCUCGGCCAAUCAGACGCCGCCGCCACCGCCGUCACGGCCGGCCUCCAGUUUACUGCCCCGAGCAACCACUCUGAUGACAUCACAAACUGUUUCCUGUGGGUCAGCGGGAGGGAGACCACGCCAUCAUCACCACCGCCACCGCCAUCGCCGACAGACUGGUAUUCCAGGAAGCUGCGGUUGCCUAGCAACAAGAGACAAUUUAAAAAAAAGAAAAGAAAAGAAAAAAAAGAACUUCCUGGAAGAAGAAGAGGUGAAACGACCCGUCAGCCAAUCAGAACUGAGCUCUGUCUGCGUGUCAUCCUGUUAAUAGUGUGUAUAAACAGACUGAGGACACACACA